AUGUCUCUCCAGCAAGGUGACCAGUUCCCCGAGGACGUUGUCUUCUCCUACAUCCCUUGGGCUGAGGAGCAGGGUGACAUCAAGUCUUGCGGUAUCCCCAUCAACUAUAACGCUUCCAAGGAGUGGGCCGACAAGAAGGUUGUCGUCUUCGCCUUGCCUGGUGCCUUUACUCCUGUCUGCUCAGCCGCCCACGUUCCCGGAUACAUUGAGAACCUCUCCGCGUUGAGGGCCAAGGGUGUUGAUGUUGUUGCCGUUCUCGCCUACAACGAUGCCUACGUCAUGAGCGCCUGGGGCAAGGCCAACGCCGUCACUGGUGACGAUAUUCUCUUCUUGUCUGACCCCGACGCCAAGUUCUCCAAGAGCAUUGGCUGGGCUGAUGAGGAGGGUCGUACUUACCGUUACGCCAUCGUCAUUGACCACGGCAAGGUCAUCUUCGCUAAGAAGGAGCGCUCUAAGAACGUCCUCGAGGUUACCGACGCCGAGUCUAUCCUCAAGGCUCUUUAA